AUUCAAGUGAUGUUUCAACAGAGGAUGAAGAGAUAAAAAUUGCUAGUAGAAUAACAGAGGCCGAUUUAAAGAAUGAUAUCAAGUCACUUGAUAGGGCUUUACAGCGCACGUUAUACCUUAUCGUCAAGAAACCAAGAGAAUCCCAUUCAUGGCAAUUUCCUCAAGGCGGAGUUGAGAAAACGGAAACGUUGGUUCAAGCCGCUAGUCGAGAGUUGGAAGAAGAGUGUGGUAAUUGUAUGGACGUUUGGUUCGUUGGGAGAAGACCGAUUGGGUAUUACAAGUAUGACUAUCCAAAAUGCUUUAUAAGAGAUAAUAUCGAAUAUAAAGGCGCUAAGGUGUUCUUCAUGGCUGCACACAUAUUCGCUGGUCAAGUCAAAGUAGAUAAUAAAGAAAUUAUAGAUUUUGCGUGGGUCACCAAGCAGGAGAUGAAAAAUUAUGUACAUACUGAUUACUAUGAAGCUGUUAAAGAUAUGCUGUCUGAACACUAA